GGCAAGGAGCUGGCCGAGCAUGCUGCUGCCGCCGCCCAGCGUGCCCAACAGGACUCCACGGCUGCCCUGGGCCAGCGCCUGCAAGACGUACACUUCUGGAAGGCCGAGCUCCAGAAGGAGAUUGAGGACCUUGAUGCUGAGACCGGCCUGCUGGCAGCCCAGAAGCAGCGGCUGGGAAGGGCGCUCGAUGCCACUGAGGUGCCCUAUGCCAUUGCCACCGAUAACCUGCAGUGUCGGGAGAGGAGGCAACCCCCGGACCUGGUCAGUGAUGAGGUGGAGAGAGAGUUGCUGAAGGAAGUUGAACUCAUUAGAAAUAUCCAGGAGCUUUUGAAAAGAACUUUGAUACAAGCUGGCAACCAGAUGCGAUUAAAUUGCGAUCAGAAAGAGGUUUGUGAAAUGGACCGGUCAGACAAAGUUGAAACAUACAACAUUGAUGUUAACUGUGGAAGAUACAGUAACCAGAGCACCAACGUCCAGUUCCAUCCUGGCUCAGUGAAGUUUGAAGAGAGUGCCUCAACACCGGAGACAUGGGCCAAGUUCAGUCAUGACAACAUCUAUAGAGCAGAACGAGAAAAACUGGCUUCCAUCAAUCUUCGUGCCUUGAUUGACAAUAUUCUUCAUGACGUAUCUGAGGACCUGAGGAUGCAAUGUGCUGCUGUUAACAAGGCCUUUGCCAAACGCUGUGAGGAACUGUAUGACACAAAACACAAACUAGAGCAUCAUUUGGAAAAAAUCCUUAAGGAGGUUGGAGAUCAAGAAGCUAACAUUGCUGCUCUCAAACAAGCUAUCAAAGACAAAGAAGCCCCACUGAAAGUUGCUCAAACAAGGCUAUAUGACAGGUCUUUUAGGCCCAAUGUGGAGCUUUGCAGAGAUGAAGCACAAUUCAGGUUGAUCAGUGAAGCUGAAGAACUGACGGAGUCCACUGUAUCCCUGAAGAAAAAACUGCUGGAAUCUGAACAGUGUCUGAGGAACCUGGAAGACACACGUAUGAAUUUAGAAAAAGAAAUAGCUGUGAAAACAAACAGUAUUUUUAUUGAUAGGCAAAAGUGCAUGGCCCAUCGCACACGCCACCCUGUUGUUCUUAAAUUAGCAGGUUACCAGUAGUAAUGUCUGUACUAACUAUGCAAAGUCUGGAAGAAAAAUGUAGUCUAGAAUAUUUCA